UUGAUUACUGAAAAAUAAAUAACAUAACCUAGAAAUUAAGUGUAAAGAAAGGAAUGCUUUCACCUUCAAACAUAAUAAUUAAUAAUCUUUAUUUUUGUAUAAUUUGAAAUAAUUACUUAUAAACAAUGGCACAAGGUAAGAUGAAAAUUAAGAGCAAACCUCCACCAAACACCAAGAAAAAUCAAAAGAAAGGUCCAGCCAAUACCAAACGUUUAAAUGCUCCAAUGAAACCGAAAAAGCAGAAACUCCAGGAAGCCAACAAACUGAGACAAGCCGUCACAAAAACAGUUAAUAAAGCUGUAGAAGAAGAAAUCAGAGCCACAGCUGGGAAGUCGAAGUUAAAUAAUUUGUCUAAUGCUCAAAAAGCUGUUGCUAAAUAUAACAAAAAAGAAAAUAAAUAAUCUUAAUCAAGAA